AGCUGUUCUUGGCGAGUUUUGGCAAAUGUUCCUAAGCCAAAUUGUGCAACGAAGAUACCAAAUAAUUUGUGAUAGUAAAUGGAAAUAAGCGUCAUCGCUAUCAACGGUUUUAGUCGCUGGUGUCCAAUGGAAACAAUACCUGAACGUUUACCAAUAACUCCCUGCAAAACGGAUACAGACUGCAAUGAGGGAAAAAGAAUUUGUUGUCCUGAUAAAAACGACGAAAAAUUAUAUUGCCGAACAGCUGCACCAAAUUGGAAUGAGUUACCCUUUCAAAAAAGUCACGCAACUCUGAGAAAUCUACUGGAAUACAUGCAGUGUCAAACUCCACCUGAGAAUCUCCUCUUCUUCCUCUCUAAACCAUGUAAUCGAACAAUUGAUUGUCUACCAAAUCUAUGCUGUCAAGAGGGUUCGAAAAAAUUCUGCAGACCGCCUAAAAAAUCACUAAUCACACUGGCGGCUCAAGCAACAAACGUAAUCAUCAAAACAUACCAAUUAUCCACUUUUUUCGUUAAUUAAUUAAUAAUUAAUUAAAAAUUUACUGCUCUUAGAAAUUUACACGAGGUUGAGGAGAUAAGGAUAACAAUCAAAAUUGUCAAUAA